CUCGUGAAUCAUUUUCCCCAUCACCGUAGAAUAUCAACUCGACGCAACCGUAAGUUUCUCCGUAUGCUAUUGAGCCUCGACCAAAGUCUUGCCCACCUCUCCGCCAAGAUGUCGUCCCCAGUGGCAGCAUCCCCAGUCCGUAAAGCACACAAAGGUCUAGUACGAGAUGACUUGCUUGUGCUCCGACAAAUCUUCGACCUCAACCACGGCAAGACAGCAUCAGAUCGCGAUCUUCCGAACGAUCUGAUUCUGGCGUCUUCUUUACCAGACUCAAAUAUCAAGGAUCUGUUGAUAGUUAGCUUGGAUGUCGAGAACCCUCCCUGUGGUACUGAGCUUCAGAACAACAGUAACUAUCAGCUCGGCCUGUGCGUUCUCGAUACUCGGGAACUAGGGCCUGGUAUGCUUAUCGGCACACAGCGAACAAACUCACACGAGCUUCUCCGGACCUUCCAACUCGUCAUUGGAUCCGCGAAGUACAAUAAGAAAGCAGCCCAUUCGUAUUGUUUUGGCGAAUCCCAGCAUAUUAGCCUACCAGGUCUGAACGCCAAGCUGCAGGAGUUAAUACCUCCAGAAAGAGAUGCCGUGCUAGUUCUGCACGGCGGAGUUUGGGAUUUGAAAUUUUUAGAAGCGGCCAAACUUGAUCUAAAUCAUAUCUACGUUAUUGAUACACAAAAGGCCGCCCAGCAUCCACUGGACCUCGAUCAUCGAUGCACGAUGGAAGAAAUGCUCACUCUCUUGGGAUGUCCAUUCGGAGAACUUGUCCUGCAUACUGCUGGUAACGAUGCCAACUUCACCCUUCGCGCAUUGCUACUUAUUGCAAAGACCGAUGCCUGCGCUGCCAGCGAUCCGUAUCCCAUCGAAACCGAAAGGCUUCUAUCGUUGUUCGAAGAAAUUGCACUGGGUCCCGUACCCUUGAGUAACCUACAAUCUCACGUCCAAGAGCGUCGACAAAUAGAGCAGAAUCAGAAAGAAGCUCGAGCACGAAAACAAAGGAGGAAGAGAGCGGCUCUUCGUGCGAAGGAGACUCAGGUCAAGGAAGGAACGUGAUUGGCAGAGAUAUGAAAUGGAGCAGAUGUCAACAAGUGUAUUGUACCUACCUACUAAUUUUCAAUAGCUUGGUCAAUGCUAUUCUAUUCUACGCCAUGCUAUCCCAUCUCAUCCCACCUAUUCUAUUCUGUUUACUAUGUAUCUCUAUAGACGUUGUCUGGUUGGGAGUUUUGGGGUUUUAUACUCGGUAUUUUGUCUGCAUGUUCAGUAGAAGUAAAAUGCAGACAAAACUCCGAUAAAGCUGCAGUAAUUUUGUCCACAAAAUACAAACAAAUCAGCGUACUAAGGG